CAUUGACAGAUGAUAGUCAACUUGGAUUUUUGAAUUUUUAAAUCAAAAAUUAUAAUUUUAAGUAAUUUGUGGUUUGUGAGCACUAUUAUUAGAAGUUUAAUAUUUUAUAUUAAAAAAUAUGACUCGAAGAAAUAGGCUAUUGUUUACACUGAUACUUGUAAUCUGUUUGCCAAUAAUAACCUACCAGUUUGAUGUUGAGGAAGAAACAAUUGAUGAAACAAUAGAGAUUGAAGAGGAACCAGAUAUUCCAAAUGUUGAUGAAUCAGAGUCUUUACUCUCAAAUGUUGUGUCCGAUGUUAACAAAACAUUAACAAACCUCUACAACCAUGUAACAUCAGCAAAUGUCACGGCAGAAAACAGAACAAGCAUAGCAAAUGAGACUCGGAAACUUGUUAAAUGCAAAGAGAUUGUAUAUGAAGGGACAGAGGAAAUAGAGGUUGAAAUUAUAAAUGGAACACACUUGGCUAAGUUAUUGCAAGUAAAACCGGAUGUAACUAGUCGUGAUACAGAAGCUGAUUGUGUUUUAGUGUUGUUUUAUGCCAGGGCUUGUCCAUUUAGUGCUCAUGCUGCUCCGUAUUUCAAUGCUUUAGCCAGGGCUUAUCCUAAUAUAAAGAUGGUGGCUUUGGAUGCUUUAAAAUAUCAUGGAAUUAAUGCACAAUAUGGCAUUGUCGGUGUUCCAACUCUUAAAAUGUUCCAUAAUGGUAGACCGGUUGGUAAAUUUAAUGGAACAGAAUAUAACAUUCAGUCAUUCAGUAAAUUUGUCCAUGCUAUAACUGGACAGUAUCCUUUAGAACUCUUGGUGACCUCUAAAGACUUCCAAGGUCCAGUUUCUAGUGUUGUAGAAAAAGAUACAGAUUAUUUCUUAGUGCUGUCUUGGUUGUUCAUAAUAGUGUGUUCAAUAUACUACUUUAUGCAGUCAAAAUGGUGGAACAUGAUAGUUGAGAUGGUUCAGAACAACUGGAGAGAAUCUGAGGCUCAACAUGAGCAUAAUGACUAGUCAGACUGACAGUGUGAUAUGUACUAAAAUAAGUUUAAGAUUUAAUAAAUUAUGAUACAUCAUAAUGUGUUCAUUUU